UUUCAGUCGAGCAAACAGCAGCGUGUCCAACCUCUCUUGCGCGGGGGUCGUCUUCUAUUUGUUCUCAUCCCGCUCUCCAAGUCUACCUGCGGCUGGUGGCUGCUGCUGCUAACCCUAAUUACUAUACUAAGCUGAUUAUUAGUGGAGUUAGUGGCACUCUAAUAGUAGCUGCCAUCAAAGUUUGAUCAACAUGACUAGAUAUACAUACUUGUUCAUACUUCAAAUAAUAUCCUGCUCAUUUGCUGCCACAUGGGUUAAAAUUACAAAACCUACCAUCACUUGGGAAGACAUGGAAGUUUCUCUUGAAGGUGAGAAAAAAUUUUUUUGUGGUGAGUUCGAUUCCUCGUUCACUGGUCGAUAUCACUGGAGAUUCAACGGAUCCUCGAUUUUGCCGGAAAGAACUCAAAUUCAUAGAAAUCAGUUUGUGUUUCUGGCCGGUGCAAAUGCGAUACGAAAUCAGUUACCCGGAGAAUAUGAAUGUUGUGUUCGAGAGACACUUGGAAAUGCUUGUUAUUCAAGAAUGAUUGUAGUUCAAAAUCGCACUGACAAUCAUAACAUUGACAUGACAAACUCUACACUUCUUCUUGCUGAUGAAGGAAACACUUACUAUAUCAGAAUGCACGACGUGAAGAGGGUAGAAGGGGUGAAGUGCACACUUGAUGGUGUGAAUGUUGACAAUUUCAAGUACCCGUUCCUCGGCCGUCAAACAAAGAAAACUGUCCCAUAUCACCUAAAAAUAGAGAAUAUUGAGCGAGGAGGAGAAGUCAAUUGCGAUCUACGUCUUCAUAAAAAAGAAAUAGUUCAAAAAACUUUUGACAUUCGACUUUUGAGAGGAUUCAUUUCCUCUUCACAACUUCCACAGUUUGUGUAUUUAAUAGUUUUUACAAUAAUCGGUUACAUUCUCAGGUUGUAGCAUAAUUCACCCACAUUUUGAAUUAUUUAUUGAACUUAUAGUUGACAGGUUUAAAUUUUCUGUAAAUAAAUGUUAUAUUUUUU